AUUUGGUUCCCGCUAUAAGGCUAAAAUUCAUCUGUUUAGCGCGCGAUCUCUCUCGAAAUUUUGAUACCCGCUCUCCCUCCAUUUCAGAUUCAAGCUUCAGCCCUCGUCUUGGCGCCGCUCCUUCUGGAUUAUUCCAUUUCUCCUCCUCGAGCUAGUAAGAUUCGAAGUUUAUGAUUUCCUUCAUUAUCGUCUCUUGCAAAUUUUCUGGUUUUCGUUGUUUGGUCCUAUAUUGAUGCUUGUGGAAUUCGCAGACCUAAUUCAGUUUGUAUGUGAUGCGAAUUUGAAAUUGUGUCUGGUUUGGAAAUUUGGAAGUUUUGUGCUGUGAAAUUCCAGUUUUGAAUGUCCGGUUGAAGGAUUAUGGUGAGGGAGCAACGAGUUGAAUCGUUUUACUCUAGACUUCGUGAUUCAGUGACCGCCUCCUCAUUCUCUCCUCUGCUUAUAUUUCCUUCGACUUCUGAUGUAGACUCGCUCUGUGCCUUGAAAAUCAUUUUCCAAGUUCUUGAGUCUGAUUCGGUUCGAUACGCAUGCUAUCCUGUGUCUUCUUUUCGAGAAAUUCACAAAUAUGCUGGUCCUAGUUUGUCCUCGUCGUCCACUGACCCGAUUUCGAUUCUUUUAAUUAAUUGGGGAUGCCAUCGGGAUCUUAGGAAAGUUCUGAAUUUAGGUCCCGCUGCUCUAGUGUUCGUCGUGGAUAGUCAUCGCCCAAUUCAUCUUCAUAAUUUGAGUGAUCAGAAUGAUCAAGUGGUUGUGCUUUAUACAAAAGACGACGAACUCCAGGCCGAUUUGGCUUAUGAUUUUGAUGUCUCCGCAUUAGCUAAUGCAAGUGACUUAAAUAGCGACGAUGAGAUUGAUGAGGAUUCUGAUAGUGACGAUGACAAUGAAAGUGAAAGUGAUGAAGAAGAUAGAGGUGGGUCGAGGAAACGGAGGAGAGUUGAUAAGGAGAACGAAGAGGAUCCUGUUCUACUUUUUAGGAAACUGAAAAGGGGGUACUACCAAAUGGGUACCUUCCAUGGCAAGCCAUCAGGAUGUUUGAUGUAUGAUUUGUCUCAUUCCUUGAGGAAGAACACGAAUGAAUUACUAUGGCUGGCUUGUGUGUCUUUAACAGAUCAGUUUGUUCAUGAAAGAUUGACGGAUGAGAGGUACCAAGCUGGGGUAAUGGAGCUUGAACAACGCAUAAACAAUUCAGGGAACUUGAAUACUGUUACCUCUGUUACUCUUAAAGAUGGCACCAAGAUCCGAGCCCCUGAUUCAUCCAGAAUCACUUAUGACGAUGAACCCAGAUUAAUGCUCUUGCAGGAGUGGAAUUUGUUUGAUUCAAUGCUUUGUUCUUCCUACAUUGCAACCAAAUUAAAGACAUGGAGUGACAAUGGAACGAAGAAGCUCAAGUUGCUUCUUGCACGCAUGGGGUUUGCACUUGUGGAUUGCCAACAGAAGUUCCAGUACAUGAAUCUUGAAGUGAAACGGAAGAUGAAGGAUGAAUUCGAGAGGUACCUGCCCGAGUACGGCCUAACUGAUUUCUACUACAGAAGUUUCUUAAGGUUACAUGGCUACAGCUCAAAAGUGUCAGCCGCAGAUGUGGUAUAUGGGGUCACUGCACUGCUCGAGUCCUUUGUCAAAUCAGAUGGUUUUAGUGCUUCCAAGCAAUUUGGAGUGGCUUAUGAUGCAUUGUCAUUGAGCAAUCUUGAUAAGCUCAAAGCUGGAAUGCAACAGGCAAUCAAGGUUCAAAGGUCAAUUCUUAGACAGGGGAGCUCUGCAAUUACAAAGAGUGGUUGUAUAAGAAGUGGGAGAAAAUUUCGUUGGGUGAAGCUUGAAGAUUCUAUAGACACCAAACUGUUGGGGUAUCCCCAAGCACUCACAAAGUUCUGCUACUUUGUAAUGGAUGCUCUGCGAGAGAAAGGAGCCAGAAUGAAGCCUUUGCUAUGUGCUUGCUUAUCUCAAGAGCCCAACAAAGUAUUGAUCGUUGGGGUUUGUGGGAAGCCUCGGCUCGGGGCGGCUCAAGGCAAUUCGUUUGGGAGAGCUUUUCGAAAUGCGGCGGAGGAAAUCAGCACAGAUUUCUUCCACGAGCUGUUUGAAUCCUCAUGGAUUGUUCUUGAUGCAGCUGCAGUUAACUCUUUCAUGGUUAGAUUGACUGAGAAGCUCUAACGUAAAACUGCGGCCAUAUUCGUUGGAAUGACUUUACUUCUCUUCUCUAUUCGGUGUCGAUUUCACGUGAAUAAAAAGACACUCAUACUUCGAGGAAGGGAUUUGCAAUGGACACGUUCAUCAAUCUUUUGGAGUGUGUUAUUGCAUUUAUUGCACUUAUUUUAUCUUUGAUGUGUAUUAGAAUAUUUGAAAAUUUUACGAACUCGUAGGAUAUAUUUUUUUAUAUGAGCUAGAAUUAAUAGUUUUAAGGAUUUUAGGAUUGUAAUAUUUGUAGGUGAAUGAAAUAGUAUGCCUCCAUGUAUACUUAUGAGCAAGAGAUACAAUACAGAACAUUCAAGUAAUUUUGUGUAA